GCAGCAGAAUGGCGUGGCUGAGAGGUUCAACAGGACCCUGCAGGAGGGGGCACGCACUCUCCUUGGGCGUGCAGGGCUGCCUGAUCCGUUUUGGGUGUCUGCAUUGAGGCAGGUCGCCCUUGUGAAGAAUAGGGUGCUGGCUACAGUUGGGGAUAAGGAGUGGAUCCCAUAUGUCAAGUGGUAUGGGAGUGCUCCAGCUGUGAACAUGCUGAGGGCAUUUGGGUGCAUGGUAGUGUUUCAUGUGCCUAAGGAGAAAAGAGGGAAGUUGGAGGCUUCUGGAAGAUGGGGUGUGCACUUGGGGAUUGCAAAGGAUCACAAAGCGUGGCUGCUAUGGGACUUGACCACCCAGAAGCUGACAGUGUCAAGGGAUGUGAAGUUUCUUGAGUCCCUGUACUACAAGGAAUGGAAGCAGCAGCAACAGAAGCUUCCAUCUACACCGCUCAUUGUGGAGGUAGAUGAGGUGCAGCAGCCUUCAAGACAGGUGGAGGUUGCAGUGUCAGAGGAGGAGAUGUCUGGGGUGACUGAGGAAGGGGGAGCAGCUGAAGUAGAGCAGCAGCAGCAGCAGCAGCAUGAGUCUCCACCUCGAGUUCCACACCCGCCUGAGCGACCUAGGAGGGAUGUGCGCCCUCCAGUGAGGCUGACCUAUGGGGGAAGAGGCAAGCCGAAUGUGGUGCAGGCUGGGAGUGUGGUUGAGCAGAUUGAGGAAGAUGAGAUUGCAUUAUGCUAUUGGGCUGCAAUUCCUCAACCCAAGGUACUGACGCUAGCUUCAACUCAGUGAAAGCGGAUGGCACCAGCAUUGGGGGAUAUGUGUGCUUGCUAGGAGGUGGUGCUGUGAGCUGGCGCAGCAAGAAGCAGAAUGAGGUGGGAUUGUCCUCAUGUGAGACUGAGUACAUGGCCUUACACCAUGGGGCCAAGGAAGUGGUGUGGCUGAGGCGCUUGUUGGAGGAGUUGGGAGUUGGUCAGGAGGAGCCGACAGUUGUGUUCUGUGACAAUGAGUCUGCUGUGAAGCUCGCCAAGAAUGCUUGUCUGCAUGGGCUGACAAAACACAUAAGGCCUAAGUGGCAUUGGGUGAGGAGACUCCUCAAUAAGGAGGUGCGGCUGGAGAUAGUGAAGACCCAUCAGCAGGCAGCAGAUAUUUUCACCAAGCGUCUGGCGGAGGCGGAUCAUUGGAAGGGCAUGAAGCUUGCUGGGAUGAGUGUGCAUUGAGUAUGCAUGCUUGAGAUGUUGGUAUGGUGGAUGAUGGUUGGCAGCCAGAGGGGGAGAUUGUUGUGUGAUGUCAUCAUAUGCUAUCACAUUCUGUCUGCCUCCCAUCCCAUAUUUUUCAACUUGCAUGUGUGGUUUGAACGUGUGCAAGAAUUUGUGUGUGAUGUGGAGGGAAUCUUUGUGCUUAUGGGGUUUCCUUGGUUGGGGACUCUCUUGGGACCUUCCCUCUCAUCCCUCUCUUCUAUCCCAACCUUUCUCUUGCUCCUCUAAUUCCUUGUGAGAUUCUUGAACUUUGAUUGAACCUUUUGAGAUUGAGUUAAGUUCUCCUCCUACAGCUUACCCCCUAAUGCGUCGAAAGCCAUAGCGUCGCGAAUACUUCAUCAAUCAACGUGAUUCAAAUUGGAAACGGUAGCUGAGAUUAAGAGCUACAACAUAUCCAAGUUUCGCGACAUUCCAACGGCUAGUUUUUCGUCGACGUCGUUUCUUGUAAAGACGACUUUUCUGUCCUGAAUUUCGGAUUUAU